AGUGGGUACCCGCUGUGAUGGCCUUCGUCCACUCCUUCACCUUCCCUAUCACCGCCAAACCUUUUCGCGCCUUCCCCAACCCCCAAACGCCGUCGUUUCCCUCACGCUCCACCCUCCCUUUUCACAACCUCCUCACUCGCCGCCACUCCGAUGUCUUCUUCACCUGGGACGACGUCAUCCGGAUAUCCCAACCGGAAUCCCUCCCCGACGACGACCCUUCCGAUCUCAAAUGCUACUCCGAUAAGAUCAAAUUCUGCAACCGCGGCCACGAAAUGCAAUCGGAGUUCCGUUCCUUCGUAAUUGAGGACCAAAUCGUUGGGUACAUUCACAACGGAUUUGCCGAGAAUUUACGGAGUUACCAGGACGUUUUUACUUUUACACCAGGCCAAGUAACUCUGCAUUCUUCGCUGAGCUCACCUGAGGAUAGGACUAGAGCUGUUGGGGAUGUGGUUAAGAGCUUAGAGGAAGAAUUGAUUCCAGGUAUAAGAAAUGAGUUUUACCCGGUGACGUCGGCUUUUGGGGCUCCAAUAUAUUUCUCUCUUGAACGUGCAGCCGCUCCUUACUUUGGAAUAAAGGUUUAUGGAGUGCAUAUGUGUGGCUAUGUUGAGAAAGAUGGGAAGGAAUUUCUAUGGAUAGGGAAGAGAAGUCAACAGAAACAGACCUAUCCAGGGAUGCUUGAUCAUCUUGUUGCUGGUGGACUGCCUCAUGGGGUAGCUUGUGGGGACAAUGUUGUGAAGGAAUGUGAAGAGGAAGCCGGAAUACCAAGCUCCAUUUCCAAGGGUGCUGUACCAGUUGGUGCUGUUUCGUAUAUGGACAUUGAUGGGUAUAGUUACAAAAGGGAUGUCUUGUUUUGCUAUGAUUUAAAACUCCCUGAGAGCUUCAUGCCUAAGAAUCAAGAUGGAGAGGUGGAGAGUUUCAAGUUGAUCCCUGUGACGCAUGUUGCGAACAUCAUCCGGAGGACACCAUUUUUCAAGCCAAAUUGUUCACUUGUCAUCAUUGAUUUCCUGUUUCGACAUGGGUACAUUAGUCCCGAAUGCUUCGGAUACCUGGAUCUAUUACAAAGUUUGAGAAGCGGUAGUUGUUCCUAAUAUUAUUUUUUACGUACUUUAAUCGUAGAAGACUAGAAGCUAUCUUAAAAUCUGUGUAAGUAAUACAUUGCUUGGAAGAACACUAGUUAAUGUUCAAAAUGUUGCUGUUCCUGCUUU